UUGAUACAUCUAAGCCAAGAAUAAGGAAGCAUUUCUGGAAAGUUUCUUCCUGUGUUCCUCUCCAGUCUUUCCUCCCAAAUCUUUAUUUCCAACAAAGUGGUAUCAGAGCUGACUUUCCAGAGAUGAAUAGCACUUUUCCCUUUGUAGUUCCCAAACUUACAAAGGAGAAUUAUGGACAUUGGUGUAUCCGCAUGAAGGCAUUGCUUGGCUCACAGGAGGCAUGGGAGGUUGUUGAGAAAGGCUAUGAUGAACCAGAGAAUGAAGGAGUCUUCAAUCAAAAUCAGAAGAAUGCUUUGCAGAAGCUUCGAAAGCAAGAUCAACAUGCCCUCUCUAUCAUACACAUGGGCUUGGAUGAAGCUCUGUUUGAGAAAGUUGCUACUGCAACAAAGGCUAAGGAAGCCUGGGGGAUUCUUGAGAAUAAUUUUAAAGGAAUUGACAAAGUGAAGAAGGUUCGCCUUCAGACUCUUCGUAGUGAGUUUGAAUCUCUACAUAUGAAGGAGUCUGAAUCUGUUUUCGACUAUUUCACUAGAGUGUCUUCCAUUGUCAAUCAAAUGAAGCGUUAUGGAGAGAAGAUUGAAGAUGUACGUGUUGUGGAGAAGAUUCUCAGGUCACUUGACUCAAAACUUGAGUUUGUGAGUGUUGCCAUCGAAGAAUCAAAUGACUUGGAUUCCAUGACCCUCGAUCAACUCAUGGGGUCCUUGCAAGCAUAUGAAGAAAGACUUAAAAAGAAGCAAGAACCGGUGGCCCAAGUUCUCCAAACUAAGGUCUCUUUGAGAGAACAAGAGCAAAAGCAUGGACGGUCUCAAGGAAGAGGUCAAAGUCGAGGUCGAGGCCGAGGUCGUGGUCAUGGUCGAGGGGGAAAUUUUGGCCGUGGCCGAGGAAGAGGAAGAAAUGAAGGUGGCCAAAAUUUUAACAAUGAAGGGUCGAGCAAUCAACCACGAGGACAUGGAAAUUAUGGUUCAAAGAGAGGAAGCGGAAGAAGGUAUGACAAGUUCAAUAUUCAAUGUUAUGCUUGUCACAAAUAUGGCCAUUAUGCCAAUGAAUGUAGAAGUUCAUCCACCAACAAUGAGGAGAGAGCUAAUUAUGUUGAAGCAAAAGAAGAAGAAGAAUUGCUGCUGUUGAUGGCAACUAAAGAAGAAAGAGAUACUGGAGCAUGGUACCUUGACACGGGUGCCGCUAAUCACAUGAGUGGCAACAAAGAGUUGUUCUCAACUCUUAAUGAGGCAGUGAAAGGCAACAUUAUAUUUGGAGAUGAUACCAAAAUCCCAAUCAAAGGCAAAGGUGAUGUUCUCAUCCGUUCGAAAACUGGAAGUCACCUUUUAAUUACUCAAGUUUAUUAUGUGCCUACUUUGAAAUCUAACAUUUUGAGCUUGGGACAAUUACUUGAGAUGGGGUAUGACAUUCAUUUGAAGGAUGGUUGUCUUACUUUGAGAGAUGGUUCACACAACUUGGUUGCGAAGGUGCCUAUGGAGAAGAAUAGAAUGUUUUUGCUGAAUGUUCAUGUGGAUCAUCCAAGAAGCUUGAAGACUUGUGUUGAAGAAGCUUCUUGGCUUUGGCACUUGAGAUUGGGUCACUUGAACUUUGGUGGCUUGAAGGCUUUAGCAAGUGAAGAGAUGGUGAACGGGUUGCCCAAAGUUAAUCACCCCAACCAGCUUUGUGAAGGAUGUCUUUUUGGCAAGAAAGCUAGGAAAAGCUUUCCAAAGGAGGCCACUUUUAGAGCAACCAAGCCACUCCAACUGGUUCAUGCGGAUGUGUGCGGACCAAUCAAACCAUCAUCAUAUGGUAAAGCUAAUUAUUUCUUGCUCUUCAUUGAUGAUUUUUCUCGCAAGACUUGGGUUUAUUUUUUGAAGGCAAAAAGUGAUGUUUUUGGAGAAUUCCAAAAAUUCAAAGCUCUUGUCGAGAAGGAGAGUGGUUACUCUAUCAAAGGCUUAAGGACUGAUCGAGGAGGAGAAUUCACUUCCAAGGAAUUUCAAAAUUUCUUAAGAAUACUGGUAAAAGAAACCUCUGUUAUUGACCUAGGCAAGAAGAAGAUGAAAGAAACUGACUGUUGGGGUGCAUUUAAAGGUGUUGUGGUGGUGACUAGAAUUUGUGGAUAUUGUGUGUUUGAGUAGUCUCUUCCUCGGAUUCCCAUAGGAGGAGUGCUUCUGCAUUGAUCUAUAAAGAGUUGAAUUUCAC